AUGCCUCCAACGCGUUCGCCAGAGUUCGAACGGACUGCCGGAACGGCGCAGAACCCAAUAGACCUUACGGGAGCAGAUGACGCCGAGUUUCAGACAUCCAAAAGGUCGAAUGGAUCUUCUGUGGGUGCUGGGGUGUCAACCCGCCGUGACGAACUUUAUACCAAUAUGGCCCGACUCCCGCCUUUGGACCCUACGAGGUCUCGCUCGCGCAACGCCAUAUCGGAAGAUGGCACUACGCUCGCGUCGUCGGCCGAACGUACGAUUUCCCUCGCAUCUCUGACCCGACAGCUUGCAACAGCCCGAUGCAAUGCAUGUGAUGAACCGUUCGACAUUCUCGGCCCCAAGUUUGCUUCCAUCGCCAAGCGCCUUCGCGAGGAUCCACCCAGAACGUGCUUGGGAUGCAUGAAAGAUGGCAGCCACGGCUGGGCCCGACGCUUCUUCCGCCAACGGGACAGCAGACAGCAAUCACUGUGCAUCGAAGGCCAGCUGCUAACGGUCUUCAUUCUCUGUUGCGGAAUCACGCCGUCCACGGCACCUACUGCCGACAGCAACCCCGGAGACAAGAACAAGAUUACGAAAAAGGAACGCCAACCGUUGGAAAAAGCCGGGGUUGAAGAUCUCAUAAACAAGAACAUCGACACUGUGGACGGCUAUGUGUUCGGUGUUGAUGAGGAGCACACGGAAAUGCCGAACAUUAUUUUUGACCAGGUCAAGCACUAUGCCGAGCUGGACGACGACGAGUGGGAGCGCACCAUGGGUACUCUGAAAAAGGGCAAUGCCCUUCCUAGGGGGGUCGGCUACGGAGAUGAGUCUUCUUCCUUCUAUGAGCUAAUGGCGCGGGUGAGGGAUGCCAUGGGGACCAGCUCUCGGACAGAGGACACCGACCCACUCAGGCACGAUGCGAUCUGGGAGUCGCACUUCAAAGCACUUGGCCGCCUGAUGCCGAGCCAUUUCAAGGCCAUCGGAACCGAGCCCUAUCGCGACUGUUAUGCGGUCUUGUGUUUGAUCCUGAGGCGGAGCCCUGCCUUGGCAAAGGCUGUAGAGCUGCUGCGCAACACCUCUAUCGAAGACAUGGCUCGCCGCGAGGAGCUCUACCAAGCAUUGUUCAUCUUCAUCGAGACUCUGGUUAGGGACAACUCAACGGCCAUGCUCGUGUUUGAGCCUUUCACCCUCUAUGCCCAGCACCAGCAGCUCCUGGAAAUCUACAUGAUGGAGUAUUACUCCUCCAGGAAUCCUUCGAGCGCCAUACCCUCUACCAUCGCGGCGGCUGAGAGCAGGCCCGAGGUGACAAAGUCCAUAGCCGCUAUCCUGCACCGUACAGCAACUCUGUGCCGCAACAUCCUGACACGCGCCGAGAUGGAGCAGAACAUGCAGGACUUUGCCAAGGCAGACGGCAAGAAGAUAGUGAGCGUUUGCCAGAAGUUCGCGUCUCUUGACGACCGGAUCACUACCAGCCCGGAGUACCUGGCGGCACCAGAGACCUCGAGAGGCGCGCCCACGAGCGCUGCCGACUCUGUGCAACCGGACUACAACAAGAAGCUUGCGGACUGGCACCGCGAGCACUGCGUAGAAGAGGUCCCCGACGAGAUUAUUCUGCGCGAUUUCUUUUUCGCUUCCCAGGUUGGCCAGAUGGGGAACCUGGCCAAGGGUCGCAUGAAGAAGCUCGUCACCGACAUCAUCUCGAUGCAGGAGACGCUGCCCGAGGGCAUAUUUGUGAGGCACGGAAGCUCGCGCAUGGACAUCCUCAAGGUCCUGGUCGUCGGGCCGUGUGGCACGCCGUACGAGCGAGGUCUCUUUGAGUUUGACAUGUUUUGUCCGCGGGACUUCCCGAAAAAGCCUCCCAAGGUGCGCCUCCGGACCACGGGCAACGGCAUGAUCAGGUUCAACCCGAAUCUAUAUGCUAAUGGCACAGUCUGCCUCUCGCUCCUGGGCACCUGGACUGGCCCGAGCUGGCGGCCGGGCCAGUCGACCCUGCUCCAGGUCCUCGUCUCCAUCCAGGCCAUGAUCUUUUGCGAAAAGCCAUACUACAACGAGCCCGGUUUCGAAGUUAGUAGCAACGAAGCGGCGAGCAAGCUCGAGAACACGCGCAUCCAGUCCGCCACCGUCAAGCACGCCAUCAUGCCCUGGCUGCGCAGGCUGGCCCCCUCCAUCCCGCCGCCGCCGCAGCAGCAGCAGCAGCAGCAGCAGCCGCCGCCGGCGCUGGCGCCACCAGCUGUAAUUGUAGCUGCAGCUGCGAACCAGGCACUGGCGGCGUUGCCGCAGGGAGGAUCGCCGAGUUCGGCCGGCUCGGCGAUCUGGGAGGAUGUCGCGAUGUGGCACUUUUGCAACCACGGCCGCUCGGUGGUCGAGAGGGUCACGGCUUGGGGUGCGCUCCCGCAUGCGCAGAUGCUCGAAGAGGUGGAUGCGCCGCUGCGUCGGAUCGGGGCCUUUGAUACUUAG